UUGGGGCUAAAGAGGCGCGGGAAGAAGUGGAUGUGAUAAGAGUCAGAGAGAGAGAGAGAGAGUUUCCGAUUAGGGUUUAGGGCUUCACUGUGAUUAAUCGAAACGUGAAAUCAAUGAUGGAGGACGGAGAGACGAUAAAUCUGAAUCCGAAAGAGGAGAAAUCAGUGGCAAAUCUGACGGGUCAGGUCCAUCAACUCCCCUGCUGUAUCAAAUACGACGGCCCUUGUUGCGUUUCUGACUAUUUCAAACCCAAGUCCACUGGCAUGGAGGUUGAGGGCUUGCAAGUGGGGGAAGCGUAUUUCAGAGGAAGGAAGCUGCAAGGAGCCACCAUUCCCCUUCCACACGGUUAUUCUGGCUUUGUCAUAGAAAGGGGUCUUGGUUCUCAUGGAAAGAGAAAAGCUUCGGAUAUGUCUGUGGAGGACCCAAAGUGUUGGCAUGUGAAUGCAAAAUUUGAGAAUAUAACAUAUUGGAAUCAUGACAGUCUACCUUCGGAAAACGAUUCUUUCUUGCGUGCCUUUCACUGGUUUGCAGUUGCAGAAGCACUGCACAAGCCAAUAACAACAGAAGAUUUAGCAUCUGCUACUCUUGCCUUGGAGAAACUGGAUUGAUCCAGAAAUUUGUGUUUCUUGUUAUUGUCUACUUUCUUGUACACUAAAAGUGAUGAAUGGUUUGUAAACUAACUCAAAGGCCAACAGGGUCGCUUGGUGAAAAGAAAAUGGGUUUCUGUGAGUUUAAAAAUACACAUUGUUUGAUAUGAGUGAAGGAACUUGGAAAAUGCCAAUAGGGCAAUGGCUAGAGAUUCCUGUUUCUGAGUUUACAGCUUCACCAGAAAUCACCAGGGAGAUGAAAAUCUCUAUGUACAAAUA